AGUGCUACCAUAUUCAUGCACAUAUGUUUUAAUACGAUAACAAUUAGAAUUGAUCUGAUUUGUAUUCACUUUUCAGUGGACCCGGAUACUUGUGCAAGUACGGGUUCCAGCCGGUGGGAGAAACACUUUGCUCGUAAAACUAUUACGUUGCAACCAGGAUCUCCUUGUAAUGAUUUCAGAGGCUACUGUGAUGUGUUUAUGAGAUGUCGGCUAGUAGAUGCUGAUGGCCCUCUAGCUCGGUUAAAGAAAGCAAUUUUUAAUCCUGAGCUAUAUGAAAAUAUUGCAGAAUGGAUUGUGGCUCAUUGGUGGGCAGUAUUGCUUAUGGGAAUUGCCCUGAUCAUGUUAAUGGCUGGUUUCAUUAAGAUAUGCAGUGUUCAUACUCCAAGCAGUAAUCCAAAGUUGCCUCCUCAUAAACCACUUCCAGGCACUUUAAAAAGGAGGAGACCGCCACAAACUGCUCAGCCGCCACAGCGACAAAGGCCCCGAGAGAGCUAUCAGAUGGGACAUAUGAGACAUUGACUGCAGCUUUUUGCCUUGGUUCUUCCUAGUGCCUACAAUGGGAAAACUCACUCCAAAGAAAAACCUAAUAAAUCAUUGUCCCCAGUCUAACUUUCAACAAUUGAAGAAAAAAAAAAAAAAGCAUGAUUUGCCCUCAAAACAAGUGGGAAUGGUGAAUUUUUUGAUGAGUGAAUCUUCCAGCUUAAAAAGAAGAAAAACAUUUUUCUUGCAUACUUUUAAUUUAGUGGCACAAAAUCCUAGAGCAUCAUGAUUCUUUCUCCCUCCUGUGCUCUUCAUUGCUGCAUUUUCUUCACUUGCAGGCAAAUAUGGCUGUAGUAAAACUUUUAUUCAAGAAUUGAAAAAAUAUAUAUUUUUCAACUGCCAGACAAGGCUAGGAAGCUAGACCACCUCAGCAUUGGAGACAUGACUUGCCAAUGUAUAUACCUUGUUAUAUGCAGACAUGUAUUUCUAACGUACACCCGUACUUGUGUGCAAUUGUAAACAAGAGAAUUGCAAUAUGGAUGUUUCUUUGUAUUAUAAAACUUUUCCGCUAUUAAUGAAGAAAUUACUGUUUAAUUGACAUACUCAGGAUAACAGAGGAUGAUGGUGUGUAAUGGUCAAGGAUCCUGUGAUGCUUUACACAGCAAUUUUGAAUCAAACUUUUUAUCAUGAUCAAAGUUGUUUCAAGCACUCAUUUUAUCUUUUAUCAAACAGCUGCUAAGACAUAGCAUACAAGAUUGAAUGAUCUUUAGAGAUACAGCAGGUGUUGUGCAAACUUUGCAAAUACCAGAAUGUUUCAAAUUUUUUAUAUAACGUCUGAUGUCUUGUAGCUCAGCAUAAAUGUUUUUAAUUUGUCUGAUUAUUCAGUUAAAUAACGAAUAGUUAGAUGAAAAUUUUUCAUGCUUUAGUAGAAAGUUCUGCCUGUUUUUCAACUUGUUUUAAAAAUUGCAACCAGUUUAUUUGGGAUGUUCAAUAUUCCUUCAUUGUGAUGAGUUCGUGAUUCUGAGGGAUGAGGAAAGAAAUAGAAGCAGUGGUUUGUUUUCUUUUUUAAUUUAUCAGAUAUUUGAGUAACUUUUCAGCAAGAUGCUGUUGGUUGAUAACCACUAAAGUAGUGAUUUGCCCAGCUUAUUGUGGCAGAGUUAAAACUGUAGUUAGGACUACCAACUUUCCCAGACAUUUUCUAACAGUAGUGAAGUUCAACAGCACAAUGUCCCAUUCCAAAGUUUUUAUUACGAAUGUAAAUAAUUGGCAUUUUUAAAAGUGAAAACAAAAGAUUUCUUAAGGUGCUUACUGCUAUGCAGGAGAUGAAAGGGGGGCAUUACAAGCUGUUUAAGCUUUUGAUAUUUAUUGCUUGUUUUCCAAAAGCACCGAGCUAAUUAGAGGCGUAAAUGGCUAUGAUUUUCCUGGCUUUGCUUAGGAGAAAAUUUACUAAGGAUGGACAGGCUUCCUUUGUUUGUUUUGUUUUUUCUUUUUUUUUUUUUCGUUUCUUAAGAGUAUAAGGUUUACACAAUCAUUCUCAUAAUGUGACGCAAGCCAGCAAGGCCAAAAAUAUUACUGAAUAUAAUGGGAUCUCUUCCUUGUAAACUUGUACAGUAUGUGGUGAUUUUUUCAAAAUACAGCUUUUUGUACAUGGUUUAGAGACAAAUUUUGUACAUGAAACCCUGGUCCAAUAGACUAUAUAAAUAAUUCUAAAUGAUCUUAACUAGAUAGAAGUGUAUGUAGUUGCUUUUAAAUCAUUUUAAAUACAUUUGUUUUAAGACUGUGCAAAGAUUGGAAGUGGGUUUGCAUUUCUAAAAUGGUGACUUUUCUUCAGCAAGAGUUCUUAGUAACUUCUUGAGUGUGGUAGACUUUGGAACAUGUAAAUUUUUUGCCUGUAAUGUUAUCCUGUGGUAGGAUUUCGGCAGACAAACGCUGCCCUAUUUUAUUUUGAGUCUAAGUUAAAUGUUUUCUGAAAAGAGAAAUGUGCACUGAACUCUCCACUGCAAGUCAAGAUGUGGUAAAUCAAAAAGAAAGUUCAAGGCAAUGGAAUACUACUGUCAAUUUCAUGUCCACUGUGUUUUAUACAGUAUCUUUUUUUGUUCACUUUGGAAGUUUUUACUAAAAUUGCAAAAAAAUAAAAAUAAAAAUGAAGUAUUGUGCAAAGAUAUGUAAGGUUUUUUGAAACUUGAAAUGCAUUAAUAAAUAGACUUGAUGAAAUCAGCUUUUGAAGAUCCAUUUACUUUUUAAACCCUGAAGGCAAAAAGGAAUAUGCAGACUUUUUUUGCUUUUGCUGUAAAUGGGCAGUUGCACUCAGAAGCGAUUGCACUGUCUGUAUACUCUCCAGGUGCAUCUCUAUUCACAUCUCAUGGUUAAAUGCAAGAGUCAAUAUUGUGUUUUUUAAGGAAAAUCUCUAAAAAUGUCUGUUUUCAUUGCUGCAAUCAUGCAAGUGAUUUAAAGUUAUCUCUUUUUCACCUUUGAAAUAGUAACUAGUUACUCUUGGGUUAUUCAAGCCUGGAAUUAUAGCUAGCAAAUGAUUGUAAAAUAAAUUUAUUUUUGAAGGGGAAUACCCCAAUUAACAUGGAA